GGGGCGCGCGGCGGUGGCGGCCGGUGGCGUCCCCCCGCCCCAACCCGCCGCGGGCCGGGCUGCGCUGCGUGAGGCGGCCCCGCGUGCCCUCGGCUGCCUACCCUCGUCCCUCCUCCCCGCCGGCCGGGCCGCCACCGUUGGAUGCGGGGCGGCGGCAGCAGCGCAGCGCGGAGCCGGGCCGGUGUGUAAGAUGGAGGGCCUGACGCUGAGCGAGGCGGAGCAGCGCUACUACUGCGACCUCUUCUCCUACUGCGACACCGAGAGUACCAAGAAGGUGGCGUCCAACGGGCGGGUCCUGGAGCUCUUCCGCGCCGCACAGCUGCCCAACGACGUGGUCAUGCAGAUAAUGGAGCUCUGUGGUGCAACAAGACUUGGCUAUUUUGGAAGAAGUCAAUUUUACAUUGCUUUGAAACUUGUUGCUGUGGCGCAAUCUGGUCUCCCUCUAAGAGUGGAAAGCUUAAAUACAGUAAAGGACCUCCCUCUUCCAAGAUUUGUUGUGUCAAAAAAUGAACAGGAAUCAAGACACACAGCCGUGUAUUCUUCAGAUGCUGAUAACCCAGCUUCAUAUUCAGGUGUGAUUCCUCCUCCACCUGGCAGGAUACAAGUCAAAAAAGGCUCUGUGAGCCAUGAUGCAGUUCAGCAGCGUACAUCAACUGAUCAACAAGAGUCCACAUCUCCAGUUGUUUCACCACAGCAAUCCCCACCAACUUCUCCACAUACAUGGAGGAAGCACAACCGCCAUCCCAGCGGAGGGAAUAAUGAACGACCUCUUGCUGGACCUGGGCCUUUUUGGGCUCCAUUUAGUGAAGCACAACCAGGCUCAUCUACUUCUAGCGAUCCCAUAUGGUCUGGCCAUUCACCACCACCCCAUCAAGAAAAUUGGGUCAGUUUUGCAGAUACCCCACCAACCAGUGCUCUUUUAGCCAUGCAUCCUGCUUCUGUCCAGGACCAGACAACAGUACGAACUGUAGCAUCAGCUACAACAACAAAUGAAAUUCGUAGGCAAUCAAGUAGUUAUGAUGACCCCUGGAAAAUAACUGAUGAACAAAGGCAGUAUUAUGUUAAUCAGUUUAAAACCAUUCAACCUGAUCUAAAUGGAUUUAUACCAGGAUCUGCAGCUAAAGAAUUUUUCACUAAGUCAAAACUACCUAUUCUUGAACUUUCUCAUAUUUGGGAACUAUCAGAUUUUGAUAAAGAUGGUGCACUGACACUGGAUGAGUUCUGCGCUGCAUUUCAUCUUGUAGUUGCUAGGAAGAAUGGGUAUGAUUUGCCAGAAAAGUUACCUGAAAGUUUAAUGCCCAAACUGAUUGAUCUAGAAGACUCGACAGUGCUUCCUGUCUUUUCAGAAGUUGGGGAACAGACUGGUGAGGUAGGUUACUCCGGCUCUCCAGCAGAAGCACCUCCAAGCAAAUCGCCAUCAAUGCCAUCCCUAAACCAGACCUGGCCAGAAUUGAAUCAGAGCAGUGAGCAGUGGGAGACAUUUAGCGAACGCUCCUCAAGCUCACAAACUCUGACCCAAUUUGAUUCUAACAUUGCACCAGCUGAUCCUGAUACUGCAAUUGUGCACCCAGUUCCCAUAAGAAUGACUCCAAGCAAAAUCCACAUGCAGGAAAUGGAGCUUAAAAGAACUGGAAGUGAUCAUGCUAACCCCACUAGUCCUCUACUUGUAAAACCACCUGAUCUCCCAGAAGAAAACAAAAUUAGUUCAUCUAUAAAAUUUACACCUGGAAAUACAGUUACAGAUGGUUACAGCAGUUCAGACUCCUAUACUUCAGAUGCAGAGCAAAUUGGAAGCACUGUAACGCGGCAACGAUCACAUUCAGGUACAUCUCCAGAUAACACUGCGCCGCCACCACCCCCUCCAAGGCCUCAUCCUUCUCAUUCUCGAUCAUCAUCUUUAGAUUUGAACAGGUCAUUUUCAGUGACACCAGGACAGCAACAGGCUGGAGUUGUUGCCUAUCCCCCUGCAGUGCCUCCAAGACCACAGCCUUCACAGGGUGCAGGUCCUCAUGUGCAUCGCCCAGUAGAUGCUGAAGGCCUAAUAGCUCAUACCAGUACCUCACCUCAACAAAUACCAGAACAGCCAAAUUUUGCAGACUUCAGCCAGUUUGAGGCAUUUGCUGUUUCAGGUGUAAACAAAGAACAAGAAGAUGAAAUUGAAACACACUCAGAAGUCUUGCAGGUUGAAAAACCCUCUGAUUCUACAAGUUCUCUAAGAGUUGCCAAAGCAGAUGGAAGAGUUGAAGACAAAACACCUGCUAAUGUCCCCACUAGUGCGGGUAAAGGCACUACCCCACUUGCUCCACCACCAAAGCCAAUUCGCAGAAGAUUAAAAUCAGAAGAUGAGCUAAGACCCGAAGCUGAGGAACAUACACAGAAAACAGGUGUCAUAGCUGCUGUUCUUGCUUCACAGCCAUCUAUUCCUAGAUCAGUGGGGAAAGACAAGAAGGCAAUUCAGGCAUCAAUCAGACGUAACAAAGAAACCAACACUGUUUUGGCCAGACUGAAUAGUGAACUACAACAGCAACUAAAGGAUGUUCUUGAAGAGAGAAUCUCCCUGGAAGUCCAACUGGAACAACUUCGACCCUUUUCUCACCUCUAAGCCUACUGCCGUUAACUGUGAAUUUACUAAUUUUGAAAGGGGUAUUGUUUUCAAAGCCUAUUUAAAGAUCCAUGCAUCUAGCUCAGUGCACUCUAUUCUACAUUAAAUGUUGUGGUUCUGUUUUGUCAAUUUGUCCACUUUUGUAUUUAAGUAUUUUAAUUUCAGUGCAGAGAAAAAAAAAAAACUUUUUCCUUGAAUGUGACACUGCCUCUCACAUCAUUUUCUGUGGGCAUCCGUGAUCUUUGUGGGACUUGAGUUUGCAGCAUUUGUCGCCAAAAUUUCCAACUGGAAUUAUUUAGUGGUUUCUUUUUUCCCGUUGAAACAUCUUUGCAGAAGAGAAUUGCUAAUCAGUUGACUUUAAGCACAAACUCUUCUUUCACUAUGGCAUUUGUUUUAUUGUGCCAGACAAGAGAAAAACUAGCAAUCUGUCAUCAGCCAAUGUUACUUCCUAAGCUGCCUUUCACAAUUGGAAAGUUGUUCACAAUUUUAGGAAGCCUGCCUCUUUGCAAUAAACCAAUUUGUUCAGAUUGACAGAGUUCUUGCAGGCCGACUGCCAUAUCAGCUGGAUUCGGUUGUUUUUGUUGCAUAUGUUACUGACUAUGUAACCACAGAUUGCCAGGUGUUCACAUUUUCUCCAUUCAUGAUUCCAAUUCAGCCGCAUGCAUUCAAAGAUUUAUGGUACAAUCAGUCAUUUUGUCAAACACACCUUGUUUUCAAUCCUCCUCUUUGUGAAAAUAGUUGGGUGUAAAACCCCAACGUAUUAAUUACACGUUACCUAAGCACCACUUGUAAUUGCAUGUUUCACACAUUACCUUUUAAUAACAGAUCACACCCACCAGUUUUCACUAUAACAAAUUGUAUUGUCAAGUAAUGUGUCAGUACCUCUAUGAACUUCUGAUUCCCAGAAAAAAAAAAAGAAAAACCUAAAAAACAACCAACAACCCCCCCAAAAAAAACCACCCACACAAAAAAACCUCAGACUGUUUGCUUCUUAGGAAUUCUGGGGUACCUUCUGUCAUCUUGUUUCCAGGCCUUAUUUCUCUGGCAUAUAGACAGGCUUCACUAUUAACAGAGUUCCCUGAGUGUAUCCUGCUAUUCAGGUUGAUGUACUGUAUUAGGAUUUGUUGUAUAUUGUACGAUACACACCUUUGAUCUCAUAUGUAAAUUUGCAUUAAUUGCUGACUAACAGCAGAUAUUCUAUUUAAUGGCUUCUUCUGGCUGUGGGAUCAUAGAUGUUUAACUGCAUGGAUGUAUCUCUGCAGAAUCAGAACUAGCAAUUGUGUGAUUUUUACACCAAUAAAACAGCACAAUAUUUUAAUUUUGUUGAUUCAUCUUUACCUGGGAAUUGAAACUCAUUCAGAUAGGUGGGAGGGGCUUAAUACAGGUCUGCAGGGAAUUUUUUUGUAAUUCUGGGGCAUGUAUAAGAAACAGUUGAUCAUAAUCCCUUGACCAUUUUUUUCCUCCAUUUUUUAGCUGUUGGUCAGAAGUUAUAAAAUUCUCUUGGUAAUCUGUGGCUAUACUCCUUUUGUAUCCUCCCAUAAGUAAAUCUAAUUCAGUUGUAGCUUCUAAGAAGUAAAUGCUAGUGCUGAUUUGAGUUUAAAGAAAUGUGUAGUUUAUAAGUCUUCACUUCGGUUUGAUUUCCUUGAGAUUACCUUUCAAAGCUAAAACUAAAUGGAUCACCUAUUAGCACUCCUUAUCCUUAAUGCCUCGCUUCUGUGCUUGAAUUAAAUUCUCUUAACAUCUGCUUCCUUUCCAAAUGGUUAGGUCAAGUCAGAUUUUUCUGCUGGAUGUGCUGUUUGUUACAGUGAAAAAGAAGUAUUUCUCUUUCUGGUUAUUCCAUACAGAGUGAAUCAUUACGGUUAAUUUUUUUUAUUGCUAUAACUAUUCCAACUUUUUAUUCAAAUGUCAUGGAAGUGUUGCAGAUGGCUUAUGUAUAUAGUAAUCCAAAGCAGAUUCACUGGUAUGAAAGACAUGAAUGUCAUAGUUGCAUGGUACUUUUUAUUUGCAUGUAAAAGGAUUAAGAAAUGAUAGUUAAAUGGGCACAAAGGUUACAUAUAAAUUGCAUUUCCAUGACGUCUUGCCAUUUAGUAGAUAAAGUGCAAGAUUUUGACUUGAAAAAGACAAGAUAUAACUAGGCAAAACAAAAGUAAAAACUUUAAAGCUGAAAGACUACUCACUUUUAUUAUAACUGCCAAGUAGCAAGAACAGUGUCUAAAAAAACUGGGAAAAGCAGGUCACUUACAGUAAAGAAUGUUGACUUCAAACCAACAAUCUUGUCCAUAGUUUAUUUAAAAGUUUAAAAUACAUUUUAAAAAUAGUGUUAUUUUCAUAUUAAUAUUUAAGUGUGAAGCCUAUGUGUAGCAGCAGGAUUCUUAAAUCAGAAUUUAACAUUUUUAGCUUAAAUGUAAAAAGCCUUUUACAUUCAAAUGUCACAUGUACAUAUGAAUUUCUUGUAGCAUCCAUAUCUUUCUAGUAGAAUGGCAACUUAGUGUCUCGAGAAGAACUUACGCAAUCUGAACAUUUUUGUCUUACCAAUGAGUCUAUUUUUAAGAAUUUUUGUGGAUUACUUUUAAUGUAUCAUUCAGUACAUUUUAAACCAGUUUUUCAUGGUCAGAAGAGCUUCUAACUGAAAAACUACUUACGUCUUAAGAACAUCACUGCCAAUGAUGUUCAGAAGUUACCUCAGUAAUGUAACCCGACUUUAAGCCCUUAUAAAAUUAUUUCCCUGUCUUCUCCAUUUGUUUGAUCUUGAUCCAGCCACUUGAUGCAUUCUUUUUUAUGAACUUAGAUUGUAAGCUCCUUGGAGCAAGUAAUUAUGUGCCGUACAAGAGAUGUGCUCUCUGUAUUGAUGCUAUAAAUUCAGACUACUAAACAGUAUGGUGUAUGAUUCAUGUACCCAGCUAGGAUGGAUGGACAGCAGCAUGCAUUUCUGAAGCACCUGCAAAACUUUUUUCUUUGGACUUUGUGGUUGGAGUAGUGUCUCCCCGAUUGAUUUGCAUUUCCUUUUUGUUUCUUCUACUAAUGUGCCUCUUCAUUCCACCUGCUUUGGAGUUGCUUUUCUCUCCAUUCGUUGCUUGUCUUUGUACUGCAGAGAAGAUUUCCAAAAUGCAGAGGUAAAAAGCUGAAAAGCCACUUACUUUGAGCAGUAUUUUAAGUCUACCCAAUGUAAGCUAGUGUUUUUGAGUUUUUUGUACUUCACAUGCCCCUCGUUUUACUUGCAAUUGUAUAGUAUAUGAACUAGAAGGAUUGCUUAUUACCGGGUAUGUCUUAUGUGGGAUAAACAAAGCUGAGGUUAUAAAAAGUUAAAACUAAAGAAAAUAAAUUUGCAGCAUUGUUU